GAAACGUCAUUCUCCGAACAGCACACAAAACAACGCGCGUUUGAGAAAGGGGGUUCGGAAAGGGAAAUCUACGUUUCACACAGUGUUUGCGGAAGGGACGCGUGUGUUUUGUGUAACACCACAAUCCUAAUAUAAAAUGAACGUAGUACCGGCCUCGACCAAGCGGCUGGUGCUUUCGUUAUAUCGCGAUUUACUUCGGUACGGCGCCCAGCUGCAGCACACCGACCAGGACUACUUUCUCAACCGCAUUAGGCGCGAAUUUCGUCAGUCGGCGUCACUGACCGACCCGAAAGAGAUUGAGUUCUGCUACAAGCGAGGACGCGCUCUACUCGAUCGGGCCCGGGUGAUAUAACAUGCUCGGCCUGCUGCGAUGUGCCGCUCUUGAAUCGACCGCACAGUGGAAGGCUCUUUCCGCAUCCCCAUGGCGACG